UGCAGUACAUAUUUUCAAACAUUUUCCUAAUCGCAUAUGAUUUGUCACUAAAAAUAUCCAAGGAAAUGAAGUUACGUAGCUCUAUGUGCCUCAAAUGACACAUACGAAUACAAAGUAAACCUGUUUGUUACCAUGUAACAUUACAAUGAAAUACUUUGGUGCAGUAACAGCACAUUCGAUGGAUAUCCGCGAGAGCAUAAGUUAACGUUUUCUAGUAUAAUAAAUAAUUAAUAAAUAAUUCUCUUGCGUGUACCGUACGAGGCACGAUUUCUCUAGAAAAUAUACAGACAUUUCCUGAUCGCCACUAUGUGCGAAGACGCCCAUAUUAAAGAGCAAUGGCAACUUUUACAAAAAUUACGGACCACCGUCGAGGGUUUAUUAGUCGACGGUGUUUUAAACGUAUGGAAUGUCUAUGGUGGUUUAAAUCGCCUUCACAAUAUAAUGGAGCAGAUAUUUAAGCAUGGCUGUCGAAUAUUUAAUCGAAAUGGAGAACCAGACUGUUGGAUUUUCAUUCAAGGAUUAAAUUGGCUACAACCUUCUUUAGCAGUGUCACCUGUCUUAUCUGAAGUUGAAGAUUAUCUUUCAAAUUUACCAGCAAGAAUAACAUCACAAAAUGAUAUGUUAUGGCUAUAUAAAAGCUUGGAAAGUCAUUCUCUGUCACAGAAGCUAUCAUGGCUCUUGUCUGAUAAAAAACAUUUACUUUCUUGUUUUGAACCAUGGGCAUUCUUGUGUCAAGAAACUUUAGCUGAAGCUACACUGUUAUGUUUGAGAGCAGUUGAACGAGGUCAACCUGUGUUACUCACAGAAAUUGAUCCAUCUUUGUUCCUACCUUCUUGGAUUUCACCCAAAACAAGCCCUAAAAGACAUAGACGAUCUUCUUCAUAUCCAAUUCAUUUUCCUACCACAAAUUUCAGUGUCAUAAGAGACCGAAAUAUUCACCUUGCAAAUUGUCAGUUAGAAUCUCUAAGGAUAUCAGAAAAUGCGAGUAUCCAACAAGAUGAUGUUAAGUCUGCAGAAAACAUUCAUAAGACAGAUCUCAAAGAAGUUAAUGAUAUACCUUUAAAAACUUGGAAUAGUCUCUCUGCACUGACUAAAAGUUAUACAAUUCCAGGCACAAGUUCUCCCUCUUCCUUAGCUGUUACAAAUACUAGCUCCCAUAGAAGUAAUGAGUCUCAGAUCUGUUCGGUUGAAUUAUCAAAAUUAAUUAAUGUAAAUUAUGCUGAAUUAAAGCAAUCUACUUCCACUAUUGUAGAUAACAAGUUAUAUGUAAGACCUAGAACACCUCUAAGAAAGACAAAAACUAGAAGUAAAAUGAAACAAAAUCAGACGGUUAAGAAAUCCAGCAAUGACUCUGACACAACAAAUUAUGAAGAUUCAUUAAUAAAUACGGUAACGGAAUAUCGUAUUUCACCCCCUCUAUUGAAUGAAACCGAUGCGAAUGAUCAUAUAACAGACUCUAUAGAAAUUGUAAUAGGUCAAGAACCAAGAAGGAAGAAUUCAUUUUUGCCAGCAUCAGCGCCUGAAUUCAUUAGUCCGUGGAGUUCAGGAAUCGAGGGUCAGAAAGACAUCAGGACAUCGAAGAAAAGCUUCAUGGAAGAUGGAGGAAGUAGUGUUCAACCAAUGGCGACAGGAUAUUUUCCACGUCCAGUAGAAGGCCAAAGUUUGACAAGCUUUUUAGCAUCUGCACAAUUUUCUAGAGCCAAUGCUGAAUUAGACAGGGAAAACGCGCACUUUAGUGUUUCUGAAGCAAUGAUAGCUGCCAUUGAACAAGUAAAAUUCAAUAGGCAAUGGAGCCUCAUGGAAGAAGUUGCCGAGGAAAGCGAUGAGGAGAUAAACUGUUUGAAACAAAGAAUACGAUUGAGGCGUCGACAACGACGGGAGGAGCGAUUUAAGGGGAGAACAUGGAAUCGCGAUUUAUUGAGUGAUGGAAAAACUGAUACUACUACUACUACUGAUCAAAGUGUUAGUCCUUUGUCAACUUCGUCGGAUACUCCGUCUGAAAAUAUUUCUACAGACGAUAUAGAGGAUGUAGAAAUGAACGAUGAGCGGAAUGCAUUAAAAUUGAAAAAUACUGGAAUUUCUAUAUCCAUGGCAUCUUUAUAUUCUGAUGCAGAUUUAUAUCAAUCAUCCCCUACACACCGAACAGAGUCGACAUUAACGGAGAGCAGUAUGUCUGCAGAAGGUGUAGCCUUGUCACUUAUUAGUAGAUUUAGUGAGAAACAAUUACCAAGGGCAAGUGAAUUACAAUGGCUUGUCUCUGAACGAGAUGCACCACAGAGAUUGUUACCAUUACCUAAAAGCUGGCCAAUUAGCCCAGACGAGGCAGAAAAUUCAGAGACAGUUCCGUUGCGUGGAACGAUAGAAUGGGCUCCGCCGAGACCACAAAUUAUUUUUACACCGCAUCCUCCACCAGUACGGCGAAUUCUUAUAGCCAAACAGAAUUACAGAUGCGCAGGCUGUGGAAUGAAAGUUGCAGUAAAAUACGCAAAUAAAUUCCGUUACUGUGAAUAUUUAGGUAGAUAUUUUUGUACCGGUUGUCACACUAAUCAAGUUGCACUGAUACCAGGAAAAAUUUUGUCCAAAUGGGAUUUUAAUAGAUAUCCCGUAUCAAACUUUUCAUACAGACUAUUGGACCAGAUGACAUCAGAUCCAUUGUUUCAAGUGAACGAUUUAAAUCCAUUACUUUAUAGACGUAUAAAGCAAUUGGACAGAACUAGAUUACUACGUACACAAUUAUUUUUCUUUAAAGACUUCCUAUUUACAUGUCGUUUUGCAACAAGUGUUCAAGAAGUAUUAAAGAAAGAAUCGAAUUUUAUGAUAAGCGAUCCUCAUGUAUAUUCCAUUCAGGAUCUAAUACACGUUAAGUACGGAAUUCUGCCUAUGAGAUUACAAGAAUUAGUCCAAGUCUGCAAUAUGCAUAUUGUAGGCUGUGAGUUAUGCCAUGCUAGAGGAUUCGUGUGUGAAGUGUGUUGUUCCAAAGAUGUAAUAUUCCCAUGGGAAUUGUCGAAAGUCAGUAGAUGCGAAAUGUGUGGCGCAUGUUUCCAUAGUGAGUGUAAACAGAACAAAGCAGAUUGCCCACGUUGUAUUCGUUUGCAUGCUAGACGAAUAUCCAGAGAUGAAAAACUUUGA